AUGUACGCAAGCGCAUCGAAAGGUGAGGACUCAAUAUCCGGAGAUCAAAGAAAACACAGCUUGCCCUUAUAUUUCCAGGAGCCUGCUAAUUUUUACGGGAUAGUUGAGAAGAAACCCACUCCAUCCAAUGCAACUUGCCAGCUGCCUCCAGCAGACUUACCGACGAGGCGACGGCCUACUGGAGACAUGGAUGAACUACAUGGAUCACGAAGAUACUGGACACAGAAGACAUGGAAGACACUGGAGAGAAUACACAUGCACUACACAGACACUACUGGCGCCUACUGCCCCCCACCACUUAGGGACUCCCCACUCCCUACCCUGUUUACUAAUUCCUGAGGUAUCUUGUCUUGUUUAGUGCGGUUACGACAUCCGUAAUCUCGGUCGAGGUCUGUACUGCCGCUGAUUGCCAUAUCAGAGUAACGCGGAGGACUCGCGGGGAGACUUACAAGUGAUGAGAACGAGAUAAAAUGAUUCUACAACCGAUAAUUAAAAGAUGGCCUCAUCUAACGAUGUCAUCAGGAAAUGUUACCAGAAAGGUAUUAGGAUGGACAGGGAUAUCAAUGGUUAAGAUAAUAUAAAGGAUGGGACCCAAAAUGCUACCUUGAGAAACACUCCUGAGUAUUGAUCAACACUGGGAGACAUUAGAUUCAGGGUUAAAAGAACCAGAUCAGGAAGCAAGAUGUAUUCAGAAGAAACAAAAAAACAAAAAUGGUUCACAAAAAAGGAAAAAAAAAAAAAGCCUGCUUAACCAGAACUGAUCAAGCAGCUCUGGACAAAUAACAACCUCCCAACAUUAGGAAAAAAAGAUUAGGAUAUAAAGCAAAUAAUGUGCGAAUCAGAUGAAAAUAUGGGAAACUGAUGGCAUCAAAAGAAAAGACACUCAGCGUUUGGAAAGAACAUUUCCAUCAGCUUCUCAAUCAAUCUUAUUUCUUAAUUAGGUAAGACUGAUUGAGGUAAGACAUAGAUAGUAUUGUUUUGGGGAAAAGGAGGCCAAAUAUAGAGAGCAAUAAAUAAUAAUAAGAUCUAUUAAUGUGUCUAAAAACUAUGUAUGGCCUGUUGGAAGUGAUGAAGUUGAAGGAAGGUGUUUAUGCAAUGUUUUUUUUUAGUAUAACUAUAUAAAAAAGGAGGAUUCAAAGUUUGGAGAAGUAGCUUUAAGGAAUCAAAACAAAUAGCAGGGAUACAAUUCUCCAAUCUCUACAUCAAUCUUCAGCAAAAUUGUGUUAGAUUAUUCAAUAUAAAAUUAAAAUAGUUAUACGGGUAGAAAGAAGUUAAUUCAAAUAACUCGUACAUUAAAAUUUGAUAGUUAAUUAUUAGAAGGCAGCUUAGCUAGGACCGAAAGCUAUGGCUGCACUGGAUUGAGGCUUCUUGAAUCUAGGAAUGGCAUCAAGAGGUAUCCAUACAGAGAAAGAAUAUAAUAUUUGUUUUUCUUUUCAGGUGUGGAAAUAUUUCUCACAUUAGAAAAAAUAUAAAAUUAUCAAGGUUAUCUGCAAAUAAAGUUAAAAUUUAUUAUAACAUAUAAGACAAGAGAGUUAAAAACAAAAUAAGUAUGCCUUCAGACCAAUUAUUAAGUAUACAAACUAAAACAUUCUUUAAGAGAUGAAUUAAUCAAAAUUAUCGAUAUGCUUUAUUAAUUGUUUUAUGAAGGAAGACUAAUCAAAAUGAGGCAAUCAAACACAAAAUUACAGCAAUAAAUGUCAUUGUGGUUGGCAUAUAAAUUGUUAAUAAAGCUGUUUUAAGCGCUAAAUUUACCAGAACAGAUUUAAAAAAAUAAUUGACUAAUUUACAUAAUGGUUGAUUAAUAAUUUGCAAUAAAUUGGUCUAUUAUUUCACAGCUCAGGAAAUAUUAUGGUCAUCAUUAUGCCUUAGAAAAGGUUAUUGCUAGUUUUACAUAAUAGAUGUCUUAAAAAAAAAAAAAAUUAUUUGUUUGUGCUAACCAUAGUGGAAUAUGUAAACAAUGGUCAACUAAAAAGAAAAAAAAAUCAAUUAGGAAAACCAAGUUAAAAGAGAAUUAUGCUUUAAGUAUGUUUUUGAUGAAUCAUUUAUAGUAUAUGUAUGAAUUUGUAAGUAUUUGGUAAAUAAUAUAGGAUUGAAGAAAAAAAUUUUAGUUUUAACUUAGUGCUGGAUGAAUACACAAUCAGACUACCUACUAAUUGUGGUCAAGCUGUAGUAUUUCCUUCAACAAACUAAAAUUGUUUUAUAAAUUACUUUUUAUAAAAUAUUUAUAUUAAUUUUGAAUAACUCCUCAAUCAAAUGAAAAAAAUACAAACCAACUAAUGUUUUCUUUUCCUUAUCCAUUGUCUUUAUUUCACAGGUAUGACUGUUCAGUUUCUGUAAACAUUUCUUUAUUGGCCUUUCUUAAUGUGUUAGUAAUCUGAUCCCAGGUUUUCUCUUAUUUCUCUACAAACUUUUCACUUCUUGAAAGCUUUUUUACAAAUUCUAACCUGGUCCAUCUCAGAUAGAAGUAUUUAUUUAGGUUAUUGUGGAGCUAAGGUAUUUACAUAAGUCUAAUCUCAGGAGCAAUUUUCUAUUUAGGCAGAUCCUAUUGUUGGCAUGGAUCUUUUUUUUUUUUUUUUGUUUACUACCAUAUACCAUAAAUCAGGAUAACUUUGGGAGACUAAGAGAUGACUAUAUACUUGAGUUUAUUUACGGGACAGGCUAAACCAUUUUUGUAUUUAGAUAAAUUUCCUAGAAUAUUGAUAUAACAAUGAUUGGAAGGUGGGGAGUGCCCCCCCCCCUGUGUAGUCCCAGAAAUAGCAAUACAUGUUUUAAUAUCCUGUGAUGACAUGGAAGAACACCGUGCAAGGUUGUUGAGAAAAACAGGUCUUUUCGCCCUCACUGAAACAGACUUUCCCAUCUUGGAAUGGAAGAGGCGCUAUUCCUUCUUCCUAGUUUGUCUAUGGGUGGACAACCGUGCACCGGGCCACACCACAGUUGAACCUAAUACACUAAGUAUUUUAUUCGCAGUAGUGGGCCACAUGCCCAACGUACUAACCCCUGCUGCCAAAACACUGUGUGCCAGAAAUGGCGGGUAGAGUAAUUAAAAAAAAAAAAAAAAAUGGUGGUGGUGGUGGGGUGGACUAGUGGGCUAACAGGUGUGCACAUUACUCAGCAACCUGAUAAAAGAUAAGUUGAUAAAAUAAUUAUGAGUUUGCGUCCCAAUGCCGGAGGGGGCUUUUAAUUCUGGCAUUAUUCCCCUGCCUUACACCCUGGCCCAGAAAAACCCAAAAAAAGGAUAGCACAGAAAAAAAUGUUCAGUUAACUAGGUGAUCUAAAAUUCAAAAUAAACUCUUGUACAUAGUCACCUCUUAGUCCCAAAGUAACCCCCCCUCCCUCCCCUCCCCCACCAUGGAAGGUAUUUUGUUUUAUUUUCAUUUAAUUGAAGUUCAUUUUGCUCUGCUUCUUUUGCCAGAGUCUUACAAAUAUGCCCUCUUAAUAGCCCAAGCUUGAUUAUAUUAAAUAUCCUUGGAUCUAAUGCACUUUGACGUAUAGACUUCAUGAUGCUCAAAUAACUUUUUUCAGUGUCUAGUUGAAAAACGUUAGCAAGAGUUCAUCUCCUGGCCUUAAAAGUGUUCUUUAUGUAUUCUUUAUUUCCAGAUGGGCUUGGUGACUCAUACAUGGGUAUUUUAACAAGUAAAUGUUUAACAGAAACCGGUCUAAACUUCAAAGUCUUCAGAUAUGAUUGAUCACCUAUUAUAUGUCCAUGAUGCUUUAGCAGUUUAUUGGAAAUUAUCUUGUAGAUAACCAGCAGUGAAAAUUCCUCUGCAAUCCUCACAUUCAUACAUGUAACCUUCAUUAGAAAAAAUUGGGCCAAUGUUUUUGGCCGCUGAUUUCCUUUCCUCAUCCCAUACUUUCAUUAACUAUAAUUACUUAUUUUUUCUGGAUGGAGGUCUUCAGCAUAGUCCAUAUCUUCUUUGUUCGAGGGUUUUCCUUGAUUUAGAAGCUGCUGUAUAUGUUCUUUCUAGAUGCUUAGAAUAUUUUUUCAUUUGAUGGUGUCAGUUUGCCAUCUUCACAUUUGUUUGUUGAAUAAUGAUAACAAAAUAUUUUUUUUUAAUGUACACAGUUUUUUUAUUGUAAACAAAUAUUUGUUUUAAUGUAACGAUCUCUUAAGGUAAGUGUAUAAUAUUUAAGAUAAUUCAACAUAUUUUGAGGCACUCAAACUAGAAGAGGUAAAAAUAUGUUUUUAGCAAAGUAGAAUUAAUAUUGCAUAUUUUGUAGAGCACAAAAUAUGUUGUCUUAAUAACUUUAUCAGUAACUUAGCAGCAACAUCUUAAUUUUCAACAAACAACUGUAUAGAAAGAUUUAUUUUUCUCCAAAUGAUAUGUUACAAGUUUGGAAUCAAAAUCCUAGUAAAUACUAACAAGAAGUCAUAAUGAAUAAAAGAAAACACUCAAUUUACGCAGAAUUGUUAACUGAAUCAAACAUUAUUAAUAAAUAUAAAUGAAGAACUUUAAAAUAUUCCUGAAAAAAUCAUUGAAAAUUUUAGUGGGUCAAUACAUUAUAAUAAACUCAAGAUCAAGAAUUAAACAUUAUUCAAAUUAAAGUUUUUUAUAAAAAAAAAUCCAGUAUGUAAAUUAAGCUUGUUUUUCUCUUUUAAUCUCUAAAAGGAAUUUCUAAACAAAAACAAUUGAGGAGCAACGGAAUGACUUUAAUUUAUUUUAUGACUUAACAUUUCAUUUUAUGGGAAAUAGUUAUUUUGUUUCCGGUUGGAAUGAUAUCAGUCACAUUAAAAAAAUAACAAGAAAAUGUCAUGUUAUAGAGAAAAUUAGUUUUAGUCAUAUUGUAUCUGCAAAAAAAAUAUUUGACAUCUCUACUGUGAUUUUUAAAAGAACAUUUAAAAUUCUAAGGGAAUGUAGUUCUAUUUCCUGAAAGAAGAACCUUCAUGAAGUAAAACAACCUUUUGAAAAACUGAUCAAAUCCUUUAUUCUGAUUUGUUUACCUUUGACUGACAAUAGAAAGAAUUUUACUUUUUCACCAAUGUGUUGAUCAAUCACUCCAGACCAAAUUAUAUGCAACAAUUUUUGUAUUUUAUUUUUUCAUGACCUAUUUUUUCUAUGAUUACACCAAUAACCUAUAACAGGAGUCUAUAAACUAUUGCCCAUGAAAGUUUCUGUGAUUAAAUGAUAAAACUUUUAAAAAAUAUGAAAUUUAGCAAAUUACACACAUAAUAGGUUACUAGAAUAUUUAUUGCAUCGGUUUUUCUCUUAGAAAGCUCAUUUCAUAACAGAAGUGUCUUUUAGAGAACAAGAUUUUGUUUCAUCAAGAGUUAUGGCCCGUAUGACUUAGGUCUCAAUGCGGCCUACAGACUUAGUGGAUGUCUUAAUACGGUCCAUGGGCGUUUAAAAUAAAUUAAUUUAUGUUUAUUCAAAUUAUCUAUGUUAAUACUUUUUGGUGACUUUUAAGAGUCCAAGAAUUAUAUUUCUUAGACUCUUCAAAUUAUAGUGAUUAAAUUGUACAAAUUUCACAAGUAUUAUAAAUCUAUUUUAAACUAAUUUAUAAUAUACUGAUCAAUUUACUUUCUGAAUUGCUUGUACAUCUUGUAAAACUGCUAACAAAAGGUAUAAGUAAUUUAUGUAAUGAAGGAGGUUAAAAAUUCAUAAAGUUUUAAGCUAUUAUUGAAAUAAAAAAAAAGUAUCAAUUUGAGAAAUUAAUGAAGAAAUGAGGGAUGAAUUUCAUUAGUGCACCUUUGAUAAUUUGAUGAAGCAGUUGUCUACACAACUACAGUAGCGCUGUAAAUAAUUUGUCUCAACUUUUUUGUCUUAAAUGAUUCUUAAAAAUAAGUUAAAUAAAUAACACUAUAAUGUUUUGACUAUUAAUAUUUAUGAUUGUGGGUUUAUAGUUGACUUUAGUGAAUAAUUGAAGAGAAGGAUGGUCGUGGUGAUCAGUCAAAUUAAAAUGCCAAAAAAUAAAUAAUUUUAUUUAUUUUUACUUUAAAAAAAGAUACUAAUAUCACAAUAUCGUGUGAUAAUACUAACAUCACAAAAUGGUCCAUUUAUAGGAAUUUUCAUCAAAUAAUAAUUCUUUUUAGAUGUCCUGGAACAACAUAAAACAAAGUAGGCCAGAAAUUAUAAUUUCAUAAAUUAGUUAGUAACUGAUUUGGUUGUACUCAAGUAAUUGAGCGAAUUAAUUUUAAAUUCCUAGUCACAUUGCAAGAAAAAAUCAGUAAACCAACUGUUUACUGUUGUAGGAUUUAUAGGUUUUUAUCUUAUUCACUAUUAAUUAUACUAUAUUCAGAAAUGUUAUAUGAUUGUUACAUCACAUACUAUUACUUAUAUUUAAUUAUGUUGUAUAACAGUUUUUGUAUGAUAUGGUUUGUGACAAUAUGCUUGUUUCUUGAUAUCCUUGAAGUUCAUGCCUUUUCUUGUUCCAAUUAGUAGUUUUUGUAAUUACUAGUCUUCUUUUAAUUUAUAUGUAGCUUUUAUAUGGAAAUUAACCUAUAGACCUGAGUUUGAAUAAAAUAGUGUGGAAUUUACAACAAAACAACAUCCGUGAUUAAAAAUAAGCAUUUUACUGUCUUCCAUUUGGUGACACUUCAUAAAAAUUUUGCAUUAGAGGAUGUUUUGAGGCAACUAGUAUUACCAAAGUAAAACAAACGACUUUAGAAUAUAAAUAAAAUUAUAAUAAAUAUGUUAAAGUCAAACAUUGUUUGAAUUGGUUAAAUGAAAUCUUAUUCUCAAGGCAAUUAUAAAAAUAGCUAUUAACAAAAGAAUUAUUUUACACUAAGUCCAACUAUUGAUGAUAACAGAAAAAUAGUUUAGAAUAAAACUGUAAUAAUUCUGGAACAACUGAAUAUAACAACAGUGAUAUCAAUGAAGUGUUUAUUUAAAUGAGACUAUACUUUAGAAACAUUCCAAAUAUAACAAAGUUUCAUUAUUUUUUAAUUGAAAUUAAGGAUAGCAUUAACGUUUAACUACCCUUCUUUCUCUACUUGGAAUACUAAGAGGGGUUAAACCAAGUAAAGAAACAACUGAUAAACUCAUGUAAACAGUAAUGGCAUCCGAAUAAUAAAACUAUUUUAACUAAAAGUUUUAAGAACUAAUUUAAAUAUAAAGAUGAGAAACGGUAUUAUUAAAUAGUAAUGUGACAUUCGCAGUAUCAAUCUGAUAACAUUAUUUACAUCGUUCAUCAGACCAUGAGCCCUUCAUCAUAUUCAGAAAGAACUAACAAUGUUAUCAGUUAGAAAUAGUUAUAACACAAUUUAUAGUUAAUUAAUUGGCUAAAAUUAAAUCUAAUUGAAGAAUAUUUAUUAAGAAUUAAAUCAAUACUAACUAUAAUAGUUAAAAGUUUAAAAGAAAAAAAUAAACAACUUAUGACAGAAGGCUGUGUAUGUUUACGGUUUGGUUAUAAAAUUUCAAGAUGGCAGAAGUUAGGCAUUUAAGCUUUGUUAGUUUCGUUUAUUGUAUACUGAUCUAUUAUUGUAAGAUUAUAUUAAAGUCAGUGUGUUAAUAAUUGUCUGUGAGUUUGUCAAUUAAUUUAACGAAGAUUUCUUCUAGUGUUUCGUGAGAAAUAACUUACAUUUAAGCAUAAGCAUUUUUUUUCAACCCUCAGGUCUGUAUGUAAAUAAGAUGUGUGACGAAAGUAACCCUACAACGUUGUACGUCGGGAAUUUAGAUCACUCGGUUUCAGAAGAACUAUUGUGCACGUUAUUUUCACAAAUUGGUCAAAUUAACGGAUGCAAAGUAAUUCGCGAACCGGGGAACGACCCGUACGCGUUCAUCGACUUCGCCACACAUCAAGGCGCGGCAACCGCAUUGGUAGCCAUGAAUAAACGUCUUUUUUUAGACAAAGAAAUGAAAGUUAAUUGGGCCACCUCCUCUGGUAAUCAACCCAAAUUGGAUACCAGUAACCAUUACCAUAUAUUUGUGGGUGAUCUGAGCCCUGAAAUAGAAACUCAGACUUUGAGAGAAGCUUUUGCUCCGUUCGGUGAAAUUUCCAAUUGUAGGAUUGUAAGAGACCCCCAGACGCUCAAAUCGAAAGGUUAUGCAUUCAUUUCAUUCGUGAAGAAGGCUGAAGCAGAAAAUGCCAUAAUAGCCAUGAAUGGGCAGUGGCUUGGUAGCAGAAGCAUCAGGACCAACUGGUCGACCAGGAAGCCUCCCCCACCACGUGACAGCAGAAACACAGAAACCAAAGCGCCUACAUUCGACGAGGUAUACAACCAGUCCAGCCCUACGAAUUGUACUGUUUAUUGCGGUGGUUUUAUUAAUGGGAUCGAUGAUGAUUUAAUGCACAGAGUAUUUUCCCCCUUUGGAACAAUUCAAGAUAUAAGAUGCUUUAAGGACAAAGGUUACGCCUUCAUCAAAUUCACCACCAAAGAAUCGGCUGCUCACGCCAUUGAAGGUAUUCACAAUACAGAAAUAAAUGGGCAUAUUGUGAAGUGCUUCUGGGGUAAGGAAAAUGUGGAUACAGGUUCUUCAACUACCUCAAUUAAUAAUAUGAAUCAAUCCGCAACCCCACAGUGGAAUUAUAUGUAUGGUAAUAUGGGCGGAGGCUAUUGGUAUCCUCAAGCCUACCCCACGGCGCCUGCGCAGAUGCAGCAGCCCUAUAAUUCGAUGGGAAUGACAGCAUAUCCUUAUGGACAAUUUGGAUAUCAACAGAAUUACCGAAUGGGAUCGCCAAUGCCUGGAACUUCAUGGCCUUCAGUUGGAGGAUCCGGAAUGGUACAAGGGAAUCAACAACCUCCCAGUAUGCAACAACAAAAAAUGGUAGCAUACAAUAUGCAACAGUUCCAAAGACAAUAACUGAUGUCUGUAAAUAUAUGUUUAUGUAUUUAUUUAUUAAUAAUACAUAACAACUUUAGUUAAUGUGCCUUAUAAAUGAUGUUUUUAUAAGCUAGUUUAAAAUUAUUAACUUUUAUCCUGAAAUUUUUUUUAUAUAAUUUCUUUUGACCUUUUGGUAUCAAUGUAAAAUCAAUUUGUUUUACCUUGUACAACAAUGUUUUAACUCCCAG